AUGGCGUCUCUAUCCAAUGGUCAAGAAGCUAGCGUAGACAAGCCAGCCAACUGCCCAUUCCAGUUAUUCAACCAAGAAGUUGUCUGGAACGGGAAAUGGAUUCAAACUCGUCAAGUUGGAUUUCGAACACAAACUGGACAACAAGGAGUCUGGCAAUCGGUACAUCGUAACACGAAGCCGGCGGAAGCUCCAGCUGACGGAGUUUCCAUUAUUGCUCGAGUCCGAAAACAAGACAAACUGUUUAUUGUGCUCGUCAAACAGUACCGUAUUCCAUGUGGAAAGUUGUGUCUGGAAUUUCCAGCUGGAUUGAUCGAUGCUGGUGAGACUGCCCAACAAGCUGCGAUUCGUGAGCUAAAGGAAGAGACGGGAUAUGUUUGUAAGAAGGUUGUGAUGGAAUCAAAGCUCUGUUUCUUGGAUCCUGGAUUGACUGACGAUUCUCAAUGCCUUGUGGUCAUCGAUAUUGAUGGAGAUGCACCGGAAAAUUUGAAUCCGAUUCAGCUAUUAGAUUCUACCGAAUCGAUCGAAGUUCUGCUCGUCGAGCAGUCCAAACUCAUGAGCUACAUUUCCGAGUUGGACUCCUCUUCAAUUGUUGUCGAAUCUACGUUGUUAGCUUAUGCUAUGGGAAUUCAGUUCGCUACUAUUUAA